AUUCCCAAUAUAAUAUUUCUGUGUUAAAAAUUAUAUUUUAAGUGUUAUCAAUCAACUAUUUGGACGCACUUAUUAUUAAUGCAUCACUAUAAAAAAUCUUGAAAUUAUACUUCCUACUUCAAAUUCUAUACUAAUAUCGUUGUUUUCAUUGAUUUAAAAAAAAUGCUACGGAAAGCUGCCUCAUAUGCGGAUGACAUAAGCUAUAAUUCACGCAGGCAAAAUCGUGUGAUAAAAGCUGGUCUUAUAAAUUAGUGUUAAUUCAUUUAAAAGUAAGAAAGAUUUUACAAAUAAGGGAUAUAUUCAGUUUUUUUUUAAUUUUUAAUGUAUUUUCUUUUGUUUUGCAGAUACAAUGGCUGUGUACAGAAUUAUUUUAGUUGUAUUGAUAAUUGCAACAAUCGUACACUCACAGAGACCUUCCUUCGCUGGCACACGACCAAUUGGAUAUCCCGCACUAGAAACUGCCAAUACAAACCAACUAUCCAACAGAUUCGGUGAAGAUUUACCAGUUCCUAUUGAAACUAAAGGAGAUAGAAGACUUAUUAAUAAGAUAGAAAGUCUACCAACAGAUAACAAGCCUUUUUGGUAUUUAAACAUGAUGCAAUACAAUGCGUUAAGACAGCGACCUCAAACAUGGCCAGUAAGAGCAAAUAAUUUUAUUUCAUAAUAACAAAAGAGCAGAUUCUUUUUUUGAAUUUGUAAUCUUAUUUAAAUAAGACUGAAUAAAAUAAUUUGCGAUAGGACCAAUACAGUUUUCUUUGAUGAUAGAAAUAUGGACUGUACUUAAUGAAUCAUUGUUAUGGUUUUUGAACUAUUUUUGUUUGUCACUAUUGUUUCGAAGUAACAUGUAAAUUUUGUUAUUUGCUUUAAUUAAUAUGAGACUGAAUAUUUGGUAUGAAAGUUUGAUAUAUUCGUGUCCCCAUUGUAACAGUGUAGACCGUUUAUAUUGUUAAAAUUUAUAUUGUAAGAGACUACUUCCGUGAUUAAAAUUAAAAUACCAUCAUUUAAUUAUACGUUUUGCUAUAUGAUAUAAGAUGUAUUUUAUUUACUUUUGAUUAUUUUUCUAUGUAUUUCACUGACUUAUACUUUGAUCUUUAUUUUGCAUGAUUAUUUUGAAUUGUUAUAGUUAACUUAGGGUAACAAAACGAGUGCUGCCAUCUUUUGCAGCU